AUGAGAAGAAUUGAACAACAGUUUUUGGCAUUGCAAAAAGGCUUAACUGAAGUAGUUCCUGGAACAUUGCUAGAGCCUUUUGAUGAACGUGAGAUUGAAUUAAUUAUCAGUGGUAUUGACACUAUUGAUAUUGAAGAUUGGAAGCGUAAUACUAAGCUCGAACAUUGUGAAUCAGAUAUGCCUGUGGUGAAAUGGUUUUGGGAAAUAAUUGAACAAGACUAUAGUCAAGAAAUGCGUGUCAGGCUGUUAAAAUUUGUCACUGGAAGUUCUAGAGUUCCUCUUCAAGGUUUCAAGGCACUUGAAGGGUCAUCUUUAGAACGUGGGCCUUGUUUGUUUACCAUACACUUGAUUGAUGUACCUACUGAUAAUCUCCCCAAUGCGCAUACCUGCUUUAACUGUCUUUAUUUGCCAAAAUAUGAGAGUAAACAAAGAUUGCUUGACAAACUCAGCCAAGCAGUUGAAGAAACUUGUGGUUUUAAUAUUGAAUAG